AUGGGGACAGUGUAUCCUUCAAGUUCCAAGAUGGCCCAGUAUGCCCAAGUAGAAGCUCAAUUUUACAGAGAUUUUCAUGAUCUAGAGAAAAAGUAUGCUGCCUUUUACCAACCUCUGUUUGAUAAGAGAUCUGAGAUCAUCAAUGCAAUCCACAAGCCCACAGAAGAUGUGAAGAUCCUCAGCAGGAUGAUCCAAAAAAGUGAUGAGCUUGUACUAGAGCACCUGGAAGAUGUAAAAAUUAAAAUUUCAGGAUUCGAGGAACCAAUGAGCUUCACCAUAGAAUUCAUCUUCAAGUCAAAUGAAUACUUUUUCAACAAAGUCCUGACGAAAACCUACCAACUGCGAUCAGACCCAAGUGAUUCUGAUCCCUUCUUCUCCAAAGGGACAGAAAUUAUCAGUAGCACAGGGUGUAAGAUCUACUGGAAAGAGGGGAAAGAUGUCACAGUGAAAACUAGCAAGCUGCAGAGAGGUGAGGUCCGCAGAAGUUUUGCAUCCACCCCCAGGACGAUGCCUGGCUAUUCUUUCUUCACCUACUUCUAUCCUCCUGAUUCUCCUGAGGGCAGAGAGAUGAAUGUUGCCACCGAUUAUAAAUUGGGCUAUUUUUUCCGUGAAGUUCUGGUCCCGAAGUCUGUGUUAUUCUUCACUAAUGAAGCCAGAGAUUAUAACUAUAAAAGUGCUGACGAUGAUGCUAGACAAGUUGGAGGUGAGGAAAAGAAAGAAGUGAUCAGAAAUGAAAAACCUAACAAAGGGGCUGGAAAAGAUCUGGACCCAGAAGAGAGCAGUUGCUAA